UUGGUUGAAGUUGUUCUUCCGCGUGGAUCACGUGUCAAGUCCACACGGAAGAGGCACCAGCAUGGAGCACACAGUGAGCUGCAGAGCCUCGUCUACCAGGAGAGAGAGCUUCGACUGUCUCACAGAGGUCUACACAUGUUUUCUCAAGGGAUCAUGUCCCAGCCAAAGGGCUGCGGAUGUGGCUUGCGUGAUAUUUUCCGGGGUGUGUGGACUGGUCCCCGGCGAGGACAGAGAGAGUACUCCUUCAGAUGAUUUCCGUGACACCAGCGUGGUGCUUACCUGCAUCAGUGUGACUCUGGUGGACAGGAUUGUCUCCAGCCUGACGUCUCGGAGCCUGUCUCCAGCAGUAACGUUAUAUUGCGUGGACAUCCUGACAGUGUUGUUUCAAGACAUGGAUCUCAUGUCACAACUUAUCCAGCAGUUCCAGGCUGAGGACCAGAUCAUCUCACACCUCGCUGCAAAGAGUGUAUCAGUGUGUGUUUUCUAUCAGCUCCUCAAAUCUAGACCAGUCAGUCCUGUCUGGCAGCAGAAGUGUGUGCAGGUGUUUUACAGCUCGGCCCCCGGUCCAGAACUGGAUAGCUGUGUGUGGUCACUGACUGAAGUCUUAAAACGACUUCUUAAAGGAGCUCAUCAAGAGAUCCUCGGGAACCUUCUGGCAGCGUUUGACUCCAGCCUAAGUGCUUUAUGUUCAACGUUUCUCCCUGAAGAGAGAAGAGAGGUAACUCAGUGUUUGGUGGAUGUUGCCAGCAGCCGACUCUGGGGAGCAACAUUCUGCCUGCUGCUGGACCUGCUGGAGGUGCUGACUGCAUCCAGUUUGAUAUGUGGAGCUGGUAUCUGUCUGAAGAGUCAGAGAAUAACCCACAGUCACUCCUCAGCGCUCCUGACAAUAAUCAGCUGCUCUUCUGAGUAUUUUGUCAAAAAGCGAGCGCUGCUGCUUCUGAAGAGAGCUGUGCUUCAGAAGGUGGGAGAGGACUGGGCUUUAGGAGAAGUGCUGGACACUGGGCUGAAAUACAAGCACUUCAGCGCUGAUAUGAGCAUGCUGGCUCAGAGUGUGUUAACAGCAGUGGCUACUAAUUGGUUGCAGAGUGUUCAAGUGGAGUCUGCCUCUUUCUUUGGGGGGACCAGACACAUCAGAGCAGAGGAAGGUCAGAAACCAGACUGUGUGGUGCUGAGAGCCGUCAGCCUGCUUCUUCUCAAGUCCAUGGAGCUUCACAUCCAAACAGCCGGGGGAACAGGAGUGGACCGUGUCACAGAGGUCUGUGGGUAUCUGCAGAGUCUGUGGGGCUUCCUGAGGCAGUGCAGUAUCCAGCUGACAGAGGUCCCUCACUGCUGCUGCUGGGUCAGCCUGCUGUUCGGAGAACAGGACGACGACUUGAUGGAGGCAGCCAAAGCUCUGUUUUCCAUAUUCCUCCAUCACAGACUGUGUUCAGGAUUGGAUGACGUUGCUCUGUUGAAGGCAGCCUGUGCCUCUGGCUGCAACCCUCACUGCCACUUCCUGCUGCUGCUUCAGAGCAUCUCCUUCGACCACAGCAUCCUCCUUGACUUCCUCAUCUCCACCGAAACCUGCUUCCUGGAGUACUUUGUGCGGUACCUCAAGUACCUCAGAGCUGACUGGCAGGGCUUCACUGCAGCGUGUGGAAGAACCAGUUUGCCAGACCGUCGUCUUUCACUGCAGCAGUCACCCACUGCCUCCUGUGGUGGUGAUAUGUCAAAGGGGACUUUCAAAGGUCAAGAUCAAGGUAAAUUCAGCUCCUGUGUCCAGCCCAUAGGUGCCAUUUCACCCGUGGCUGCUGGGUUUCACCUUGUAGAGUAUGAUAGUUCUGAUGAGUCUGAUCCAGAGAAAAUGGAGGUUUCUCAGGAUGAGUCAGGGGCGUCUGUGUGUGAGGCCUUGGAUGUGAAACAAGAGAUUAGUGGAGCCCCAGUAUCUAUCAGGCAGAAACAAUAUGAGUCUGAGGAAUCUGCCUCAACAGGAUUACUGAGUGAACCUAACUCCACACCGGAGAGAAGACCAGAAGGGCCGUCACUGCCGGUGUUACAGAGUGAGCAAACCUCAUCUCCAAAUAUGGCUCCUCUGUCUGGACAGGUGACCUGCGACAUCUUAUCCAGAGCAGUCCUCUGCAUGUCACAGCUCAGAGAGGUGGUGACCAGGCUGCAGACGAAGAAGCUCUUCCCAUACAACCCUUCUUCACUAUUAAAGCUCUUAGCACAAUUAGAGAACUGUUCCUCGCAAUCACUAUCCAAAUGACCUGUGUUACAUUUCAAUACAUAUAAAUAUAGCGUGUAAGCUAAAUCUAAAUGGCCCAGUGUCUGUUCAGGCAUGUCCAGGGUGUUGUCCUGCCUUUCAUCCGGGGCAUGCUAGGACUGGCACCUGAGUAAAGAAGAAGAAGCGUACUGUAUGAAUCUCUGGAGAGGUUAUUCCAUCGUUUCACCCUGUUGUUAUUUUUACACACACGAGCCCAAAAUAUACACAUGCACAGACUGGACACAUUUAUUCAUGUAUAUAAUGUAUGGUUGUUUGAUUGACAGCAAGUCAUUUCACUACUUUGAUAAUCAGUUGACCAGAAAUCUUUUAAUACUGCUUUAAGUUGAUUUCUUUUUUUUUUUAUGUACUAUGUAAAUGUCUUCCAGGAGAAAUCCUCAUGUAGCAGUACUGGCACAACAAUCAAUGCAAGUGAAUUGUGAAUGGACUGCACAUUUUAUUUAUAUAGCCUGAUAUCACAUUUGACAAGUUUGCCUCGGGGCUUUACAAUCUGCAUACGACACCCUCUGUCCUAAUAAACUUGACAUUUUUAAGAUUAAA